AUGAGCGGGACUGAAACACCAACUGGGUUGAGUGACGCACCAGGUCCUAGGACGCUUGAUAGCAGUAACGCUAGCCGCCCUGGUACUUAUAUGCAAAGUGAUGGCUCUGAAAAUGAGCCUUUGAUCGACGGGGAACAUACACGGGCAUCUCAUCGGUCGAUAGGUCCGAACGCCGAAAAUGAAGGCCUUCCACGUGAAACAGAAGCUAUUCAAGGGAGAUUGUACAAGACGCGGCAGAGCUAUCGCUCAUUUGUGAAGGACUCUAGAAUUGCUUUGAACAUUCUAAUCGCCAUCAAUCUGGUUUGGCUAGUCAUAACUUUCAUCAUGGAUUUUUUUUUCAACAUCGCAAUCUUUCGUUUCAACAACAGGCUUGUUAGUUUCAAUGACCUUUGUUUGAUCACCGUCUCUAUCAUUGCCAACUCCUUGAAUCUGUGGUCCAACAGGGUGGGACUAUAUUCGAGACUAGAUCAGAGCCUGAACAUAAUUCUUUUCUCUAUGACCUUAUUCAACCUUUUCCUAAGACUGAUAAUUGGCUAUACAAGGAAAAGAAUAGGAUUUAUCGGCUUUUUCACGUACUUUUGGGCUGCUUUGACAUUUUUCGCAGGUGCCGUUUUAGACUGGUAUCUGUAUCACUACUUCAAAGAGUUUCGUCAGUCCAAUGGAGAUUUCGAUGACGAUAAUGGUGCUGAGGAAAAUUCAAGGCAUACAAUUACGGAAUGGGUAUCAAUUGGCGCCAGGAAUGCUGCAAAAUGUUUAAUAUUCGUGUUCUACAUUUUCUUCACUCUAAACACUCUACUGUACACGAUUGACGUGGGCCGUCUCACUCGUGACGUGAAAGAUGUAAGCACCGAUGCAUCUGCUUCUUAUGAUGCGUUCCACUGGGUUGACAAGGCUCAUACGUACCAACUGCACAUUACAUGUUACGGCGAUCUUUCAUCUAAAGAAGAUGAUCAGCAGCCCAUAGUAUUAUUUGAUCAUGGAAGUCUAGAAACAGGUUUUUUGUCCGCUAUCUGGAUUCAAGAGCUCUACCAUCUCAACAGGGUCGAGCGUUACUGUACUUAUGACAGACCAGGUUACGGACUUUCCGACUCUGCUCCGGCUCCAAUUUCAAUCGCAAUGGUGGCCGAUGCACUGAGCUAUGCACUCAUUGAGGAUGCUAAGAUAUCUGGCCCUUUCACUGUGGUUGGGUAUGAUAUUGGAGGCUUAUACUCCCAGGUGUUCGCAGCCAAAAAUUUAGACAAAGUACAGUCUAUGCUUCUUGUGGAGUCAUGGCAUGAGGACAUUCUUUUGAAAAACUAUCUUCAAAGACUUCUUCCUCCAGACGACGACAGUAGGGACCCAGAUGAUAUCAGCAAAUUACCUGCAGAGAUUAGGAGGCAUAAUGGCUUCAAACUAUGGUGGCAAGGUAUAUGGUCAACGCUGGGCAUCAAGCUUCAAACUUCUUGGCUUCUGGCUCAUCAUGGCUCAAAAGAAAGGAUUUAUGGCCGUGACUUACAGUAUCAGGGAAAGUUCAUUAGAUCAAAAUUCUUAGAAAGUGUCACUAGCUCUUUGUUGAGCUACAAAGACGUUUUAAAUGCGAAAGAGAAGUUACGCGACUUGAAGCUUAGCGUAGCAAGUUCAAAUCAAUUGAUCAAAAAGUCUCCACAGUGGGGAAACUGGCAGCGGGAUCUUACGAAAGUGUCAAAGAAGACACAAGAGUGGAAAAUUUUGAAUGGUGGCCACGAAGUUUACAAAUACGGUGCAGCCACAAAAGAACUACAAGAUGUUUUGUUACGCCUGUUAGGUGACAAGGACCGUUACUAA